AUGAAGUCCAUAAUUCUCCUACUUGCUACCGUUACCUUGUGUACGUGUAGCGUUAUCCCCACGAUCCCCGGGGACAAUAGCCACUAUGUGGAAGGAGAAAGCCGCUACAUCUGGAUGCCUGAUGGUGAUGGCGUUCCUCACCUCGUAGAUCUUCAAGCUGAGGAGGAACCUGAUAUGAGCAGAAAUGCUGGAGCUCGGAAUGCAUACUGGCUAUUCACAAGGAACAACCGCAACAACCAUCAAGUCUUAGUACACAAUAAUGCCAAUUCAGUGCGUAACUCUAAUUACAAUAGUAACAGACAAACCAAAGUUGUCGUUCACGGAUGGAACAGCAACGGAAAUUCAGCAAUCAAUCCAAUGAUUACAUCAGCCUAUCUCGAUGUUGCCGACGUUAACGUUAUCGUCGUUGACUGGAGAAAUGCUGCCAGUGGUAUUUACACCACCUCUGUGCGUGAUGUCCCAAGCGUAGGACAGCAUCUUGGACAAUUCUUACAGUUUGUCAUCAACACAGUUGGAGGAAACUGGAACAACUUCCAUUUAAUUGGCUUCAGUUUGGGAGCUCACAUCGUUGGUAAUGCUGGUCGUACUGUAGGAGGCCGUCCUAUCCGUGUUACAGGUCUCGAUCCUGCUGGUCCUCAAUGGGGCGGUAAUUCGCUCGCCCUCAACAAUCGUGACGGUGUUUAUGUGGAAACCAUCCACACCGACGGCGGAUUGCUCGGUAUCUUCGACCCAAUCGCUGACGCGGACUUCUAUCCCAAUGGCGGCAGAAACACACAGCCUGGAUGUUGGAUCAGUACUUGCUCUCACAGCCGCGCCUACGAACUGUUUGCGGCUAGUGUUAGAUACAACCACUUCAACGGCAGACGGUGCGCUAACCUCAAUGAAGCGAGGAACAACAGAUGCACCGGUGCUAAUCUUCGCAUGGGAAAUCGUGACCUGAACAAGCGCGGAGUGGGACUUUACGGUUUAUCAACAGGCAGCUCUUGGCCGUUCUAAGGAGACUGUUAUUUA